AUCUUCUUAUUGACACUUAAUUUUUGUAACAUCUUGAUAAAUCAACAUUGCAAAAAUUAAUUCAUAUUAUAAUCUUUUUUAUUUACAUUAUAAUCAAUUAUGCAGUGCAUUUGACGUGAUUAUUUAUUUUUCAAAAUUAUUCAUUUGACUAGAUAGUUUCAUUGAAAUUAAAAAAAAAUAUCAGUUAUAAUAUUUGAACACAAUGUUGGACAACGUAGACAAAAGUCUUCUUCCUAUUAAAGCACAUUAUUUCUUUUUUAAUGCCGCAACCGGUCCAAUAGUGCCAUUUUUACCAACGAUAGCAAAACAAUUAGGUUUUUCAAGCAGCUUGGUUGGCACAAUUUAUACAGUAUUACCCAUAUCUGGUUUGGUCGCUAAACCAUUGUUUGGAGGAUUAGCUGAUAAAUUUAAUCUUCCUAAAACUUUUUUUUUACUAUUUCAAGUAUUAUUGAUCAUAAGUCUUUUCUCUAUUCAUUUUAUACCUCAGCCAGAUGCAAGUACAAAUGUUACUUUUACAUGUCAGGGAGAUUUAUUUUUAGAAGUACGUUCUAAGGAAGGAUUUUCUACAGAUGUAUUAAAUUCUAUAAUAACAAACAAGGAAACUAUCAAUAAUCCAACAUGCCAGUUAUCUUGUAAAGCUUCUAAAAGAGCUUAUGAAGAAUUGUGCCCAUGGAAUUCAAAGUACUGCGUUACAAAUGGUUCUAAUAUUUUACCAAAUGAAACGUUUGAUUUGAAAGCAACGAUUAACAUGUUCAAAGAUUUACCUGUUGAUGAACAUUUUACAACUCUCAAAAUUUCUAACUUAACUUUUUCCAAUGGAAUUACCCAUGUACCAGCUUGUAAAAAAUUAUUACAAACUUCGUGUCUCGCUACAUGUCAUCAUCCAGCUUUAAAUGAAUUGUUACGUGAAUCUGACAACUAUAAUGAACAUACAACACCAUCUUCUCAUCAAUUUCAUUUAUUUUUAUGGGCUGCUACAGCAAGUUGGGUUUGCAUGGCAGUUAUUGUUAGCAUUGCUGAUUCUAUUUGUUUCAAUUUACUUGGAAAUGAGAGAAGAAGUGAUUAUGGUAAACAAAGGAUGUGGGGCAGCAUUGGAUUUGGAAUUUUUGGUAUAGCAGCAGGAUACUUGGUGGAUGUUUUUAGCGAAGGACAAUUUCAAAAGGAUUAUACAUGUAUAUUUUUUAUCAUGUUAAUCUUUAUGAUUCUUGAUCUUAUGGUAUCAUCUACAUUGCGAAAGAAAAAUCCUGAAUGUUCUGAUGAACCAUCGAUGCUGAAGGAGCUGUUAACUGUCGCUAAAGAGCCUAACGUGUGGAUAUUUGCAUGGUGGUGCAUAGGUGCUGGAAUGUGCACAGGAGUAGUAUGGAACUUUCUAUUUUGGCAUACUGAAAAUUUAGCUACAAUCUCGCAAACUAAAUGGCUUAAAACUUUGCAAGGUCUAUUGACUGGUAUACAAUGUUUCUUAGCAGAAUUGCCAUUUAAUUUCUUGUCUGGAACUAUUUUGAAAAAACUUGGCCAUAUUAAUGUUAUGAGUCUUGUAUUACUUAUUUAUUCUAUAAGGUUUAUGGCAUACAGCGUAAUAACAAAUCCAUGGUUAUUCUUACCUUUGGAAAUAUUUCAUGGUCCAUCAUUUGGUCUCUGUUGGCCAACAAUGGUAUCCUAUGGUGACAAAGUAACUCCUCCUGGUACUCAAGCUACUAUACAAGGCUUAAUAGGUGCUAUUUUUGAAGGAAUUGGUGCAUCAAGUGGUACUUUAUUGUGUGGAUGGAUAAUGGACGUAUACGGAGGUGUUAUAACAUUUAGAGUAUUUUCAGUGGGUGCUCUUGUAUGGCUAAGUAUUUUCUGGCUCAUGCAAUUAAUAUUACGCAAACUGUAUACUUCACAACGAUGUCAUAAUCGUGAAUCUAGUUAGCUAUGCUAAUCCAGAUGAUGCGAUUUUAAUGACUAUUAGCCAGGAAUUGCAAACAUAUUAAAAUAAAAUCAAGAUUAAUCGUUUGAGUCCCCCAAGUCGCUCGCUCAAUCAUACUGUUCAAAUUUCAUUGACAUUUGAUGACACAAUGUUCUUUUUUUUUUUUUAAAUAUCACUGACAAUGAGACUUAAACGAUUAAUACAAAUUUAAUCUAAUCAUACUUAUUUUUCUAUUGUAGUGUGCGUAGAAGGGUAACAUAAGAGAUAAUUCACAUUCGACAAAAUAUUUAAUUUCAAGUUGAUCUUGAUUGGUUUUAAAUUAUGUACUUAAAAAUAUUUAAAAUAUGCAUUGACAUCUGUGAUGUUAAUCAAUAUACAAAUCCCACUGUUCUUAUUUAAUUUUGCAAUGAGAUAUACUUAUAUUAUUGACGAAAUCUAUAAGUAUCAACAUUAUAGUACAAUCAAUUACAGUAUAUGCUUUUUAAGAUGAGU